GGAAGGCGUCUAUCCUCAUGCGUUCUCGGCUGUGGAAGAGUCAGCAGCCUCUGACAGAAGUGAGUGUUCCUGAGGUGGAUGCAGCGAGACGAUGAUGUGCAUUUAGUCGGCUGAAGUGGACGUUUCUCAAGACCGAUACAGAUUUCCAGUCCUUACUCGCUAUCAGUUAGGGGAGGGGAGGAUUCCAACUCCUCUGCAAGCAAAAAGACUCGUAACAAGACGUUGAUUAAGAUCGUGUGAUUCUUGCCUCGUCAUGGAUCAGCCAGCCAGCAGCUGCAUGAGGAGCGCCCACCCCAGCAGCCCAAUCUGGGGCUGCAUGAGGAACCCUCACUCGGGGGCCAAUCUGCAGUUGCCCUACCAGCAGGCCCCUUUCUCCCUCCACCAGAAGCCCGACUUCCUGGCCUACACGGACUUCUCCAGCUCCUGCCUGGUGCCGACUGUGCCGCACGCCGCCUACCCAAGAGACGACAGACAGUACCAAGAGAGCCAGGGGGGCUACCAGAGAGCCGACUGGCAGUUCAACCCUUGCGAGACACGGGCGAGGGCGCCCGAGGCCUGCCCGGCCAUCGUCGUACCCGUAGGUGGUGCCGGAGGCGGAGGGCCCGAGCUGGACAGUGUAGGGACAGACAGGCUUCCAGGGGCCGUGCCCGGCUGUCUGGAGGGAGAGUACUCGCCUCAGAGCGCGACGUCGGCCGACUCUGACAAGAAGACCUCCAACAAGAGGAAGAGAGAUGUCACAGAUAUCCAGGACUCCAGUUUUAAGGUGGACUCCAGCUGCAAGGCCCGGAAAGAGCGCACGGCGUUCACCAAGGAGCAGCUGAGGGAGCUGGAGGCCGAGUUCACCCACCACAACUACCUGACCAGGCUGCGGCGCUACGAGAUCGCCGUCAACCUGGACCUCACAGAGAGACAGGUGAAGGUGUGGUUUCAGAACAGGAGGAUGAAGUGGAAGAGAGUGAAGGGAGGACAGUCGUCUUCGCCCAACGAUCUGGAAAAUGACGACAUAGACUCGGCGGCUUCGCCCAGCUCUGAAUGAACAAAAAAAAGACGGCGGCGUUAUGAAAAAGGAGAUGACACACACACAGAGAGAGACAUGGGGUCAAUUGGACACCAACGCAGCACAAUGCAACUGCAGGAAUCAAACAACUCUUUUUAUUACCACAGGAAGAAAUCAACGAGCAUCUUCUUUGCUGUUGUAAAUAGUUGAUUUUUGUCCACAAUGAACUGCAUUUUCGAUACAUUUUUUGAUAAAUACUCCGUGCAAGAGGCCACCUCUUGUUGCAUUGACUGUGUCUUAAAUAUUAGAGAUGAUACUUAUUGGUCAUUGUAGAUCAGUGACAAGGUCCAGAUAAGCAGCUUUAAGGCCGGUGAUGACAUAUCACACCAUGAUGUGAUUGUGUUUGAGAGCAUCUCCUUUGGUUCCAAUAUUGUAAUCUUGGCCUUUUGACGCUUGACUACAACCACCUGGGAAAACUCAGACUGCACAAGUGUUGCCAAGCCAUAAGUGCCUCACAAUCAGAUGACUUCUGCUUCAUUUUGUCAGUUUCUUUUUUCCCUAGAAUAUAGUUUUUUUUAUAAUCUGUCAAGCAUUUU